AUGGACCCCAAAUCGGAGGAGAAUCUGUACGUAAUGAGCGGUGUCACCGAUAUCGAACGUGAUUUCAGCUACAUUUCGACAAUGUUGCGUUGGAAUGAGACACGUUUCUUCGGUCCAUCGCCGCGUGGUUUCUACCACGCCGCCGACUUCUUCCUGGAAUAUGCGGCGCAACGCAUUAUGGUGCGCAAACGGCAAGCAGAUGUGACCAUAAUCGGUUAUGCCGAGUUCAGUUAUUAUCCAUUGAUAGGCGCUUUGCCACCCGAUUGUUGGAUACAUUGGCUGAAACAUCACUUUUGUGUUGACAAGGAAUUUCCGCUAAACUGGGGCGAUACAAUGUUCUUCACACGCUUCAUGUUCUUCCCGAAGUACAAUCCGGAGCUUAUGCGGCGCAUACUUGUCGAAUUCUUUCAUCGUGAAUUUAAAAUUCGUUACAUUGUGAUCGUACAGAUGCCGGACGAUCCGGAUUUGUCACCGGAAGACACCCCUUGUUAUGACAUGUUGCAAGGCAUCAGCACAGUGUUGUAUCCGCGCGCUUUUAGCGUUCAAAAAUGUCGAAAUGUGCAACGGCUUCACAUAAUACAUCGCAAUAAUGUUAUAGAACGUAUGCGUUACCGGUUAGCUUUACCCGAAGACAAUGAUGAUAUCGUAGAAGUGAUUGAUGUGGAUCGUCCAGACUUGCGCGAGGAAUAUGGUGAUUUUUAUAUAGCAGAGGAACUGCAAAAGGAAAUAGAUGAAGAUGAUAAACAUAACACCUUUAUAGCUUGUGAGUUACAGCAUCAGACGGUAGGCUUCAUUUGGCUCAACGAUGAUGUCAGCAUAGUAACGCUGGUGGAGAAUUUCGAAUGCGAUGGCUUCGGUAAUAUGAUACGAUUCUCACGAGAUAAACCUUUCGGUGAGAAGCGCCUAACGGUAACAGGCGUUGAAAAGAAGCCCGCUUAUAAAUUUUUCACCUCCGAAGUGGUCGAAGAAAUUUACAACAAAGAAUUAGAAAGACUACUUUCAGCAACGAAAACUACCGAAUCAAGCGAUAAAACCUGCAUGCGUCCCACAUGUCCGGCAGCUAUGGGCACCAAUAUUGUAUCGACUGUGCGACGUUCGUCGCGUGGCAGCUUCAAUUACGGCAUUAACGAAACGAGCAUCAAAUAUUUUUUCUUGCGUGAAGAAUUCUAUCGCAAAAUGGAACUAAUCGAUAUUUUUUUUAAAAGCCCCGAUCACUAUCAAACGCAGUUCCGUAAGCGUUUACGUAUCCGUUAUAAUGUACCAGAAACGCAUGAUGAAGCCACCGAUGGCGAAUUUCCCUUCGAUACAUAUUCCAAUGUGUUCGCCAUCAAGUUGCUGGGUAUUAGUGAAACGACGGACACACGAUUCGCUUCGCGUUUUAUUGCGACUGCUUUUACGGCACAUCCCGACCGGGAUUACUGCAUUAUAUCUAUACCGAAUAAGAUGCGUUUAUCGAGAAGUGUGGACAUGUUGCUGGGAUUGUUUGUGGGUCUCGUACCACGUCCCGGCGCUAGAAUUGAUGACACGGUUUACAUCAUAAAUCGCAGCACAAUCUUCGGUCAUAUUGGUGUAAUGAAUUUGAUACCGGAGGAUGUCUUCACUAUUGAAAAAAUCAUAAAGAAGUCGGGAGCCAUGCUCAAUAAACGUGCCUCAACCUACACUUUGUUCGCACUGAAGCAGUCGUUUUUCAUACCACCCGAAACACUAGCCGAAUCCACGCUUAUUAGUGACAUAAUAGAGGAUGUGUUGGAGAAUCCUAUAAGCGAAUUUCAUUUCCUAACAAUACGCUGUGGUGAUUCGAUGCGAGCCAUGGAGAAUAAUAUCAUUGUGGGGUUUGCAAUAAUACGUCCUUUUAUUAGACAACAUGAACUGGAGUAUAAAUAUGUUUUCAUGCGUCACGAGGUGUGUUUCAGUCAAAAUCCCGGUGAAAUUGUCUUAUUAAAGUUACAUCCGAAUUACAUUUGGGAAUCGGAUGCAAUAUUCCGGCAAAUAUCCUGUGCCACCGGCUAUUGGGAACUAUAUUAUGUGGCACCAACUAUGAGUCACACCAAACCCUUAGUUAACGAUUUGGUUAAACAAAUGCAACCCAUUGAACCGCGCCCCAUCGCACAACUGCAUCGUCGUAAAUACAACAAGCCGAAAUCGACAACAUCAGACCGCCUCAGCCAACAAAUACCGAAUAUUGGUGAUGAAAAUGUAGCUCUCUACUAUCAUAAUUUAUUGCCAUCGAAGGCAUUCGGCAAUAAAGAGCCGAUCAUAAUAAUCGGUUUCAACAGUUUAACGCGCGCCUUACUGCGUGUGCUGCUUUUCAACUUCAUGAAUGCCAGCGACAAAAAUUGCCAUUGUUGUCUGCCACGCUUACGCGUCGUCGUCAUCGCAGCAGUGGGUGUGGUGGAGAGCGCCUACGACAAUGAUUUUCAUUGUGAGAUCUGCACAGAUCAAAAUGACUGUUAUGUUAAUUUCGAGAAUAGCAAUAGUUUUAUACGCGACACAACACGUUGUAUGGAUCUGCGGAAAUUUGCCUCUUUCGUCAGUUCGACUGUGAAGAAGAUCAAAACAGAAGAUCAAGCAAUUGUAUUAGCCAACGGCUGUGAGAUGUACUAUGGUAAACUCAUCUUCUCAAUGAGUCAGCGUUUUGGAAAACCACCAGCCGCAAAACGCGAUCCACGCGCCUCAAACUACAUGCAAAUCAACAGUCGCUUCGAUAAAAUCGUGAUGUAUCACAAACUCGAAGCAAUACGAAAAGAUCAGAACUCGAAUGAUAUCAAUAUAAUCGUUUUCGGCACACAUCUGGGCACCUAUGAGUUCAUAAAUUUCCUCAUUAAUCACAAAAUACCUCCGCAAUUCAUAACUUUGGUCAUACCAUGGGACGCCAAGUCUCGGGAGUCAUGCAUUAAAUAUAAUAUCAGCAAUAUGGAUAUGAAUAUAGAGUUGAUACUGCAGGGUAUGGUGGAAGAUUUGGGCGUGAAGGUCGAGGCGCAUUGGAUAUUGAAGAAGUGGAUAUACUACUAUAAUGAAAAGAUCAUCUCGCAUGCAGCUUUCGAAAAUUAUCCCAACGGUAACUUAAUGACAAUGGCUUGUGACCUAUUUGUCAGCUUUCAUCCGCAUCUUAUCAGCGCAGAGCUUGUUGAUUUAUUGGAGAGCAGCGGCAUUGAGAUGGAGGACUCAUUAGUGUUGGUCGAUGAUAAUUUCCGCACUAGCGAUCCGAAUAUUUAUGCCGUCGGCAAUUGCACACGUUUGAGGAAUAAGCGGAAUCAUCAAUAUGUUCAUGUGGCUAAAGAGGAGAAAGCGGCUAAGCUCAUUAGAAGCCUUAAUCUGCAUCAGAAUGAUGAUCCCGUAAACACUGAGAAAUAUCAACAACCAGUUUACUUUCAAGCACAACUACCAUUAGGCCAUUAUAUGGCUAAAGCGAUCCUACCCAAACGAUAUAUCGCCAAUCAUUUGGAUAACAAUUAUAUGCUCACAUUAGUCACUUAUGAUGGGAAUUUCUCGCGCGUGCGCAUCAACGAGCAUGGCAUAGUAGAGGAGAUCACUUGUGUCACCAGAAAUAAACGCAGCUUUGAUCAUCUGCAAUACUUUGUGGGUCAGCAUCAGGCACUGCUGAAUGACUUACACACGCGUUGGUAUCUCAAGGACAUUACCAGUUUUGUUGAGUUCUUCGAAGAACCAUGGACCGAACUGAUCAUGCAUCCACAAUUUGACAGUUUGAGCAGCCGGAUUCGUACCUUUGGCAUGGAAAUGGCCAAGGAUAUCAUGGACAUGGACCUGGGCAUAGAUCGCCGAAAACGCAAGCAAUUCAUGAAACAAUAUAUGGCCGAUGCGGGGCAUACGGAUGAGGUGGAGAAGACUUUGUUGCGUUUUUUGCGCAAACAUCGCGAUGACUUUAUAUACCCGUUUGCAUUACCCGAGGACUUUCAUCUAAAUCUAUCGAGCAAGUUGAAUAUCUAAUUUUAUUUGUAUGCUUUAUUUUAUAACAGAACUAUUUGUCCAAAACAAAUCAGCAAGUGUUUUGCCUGA